AUGCCACGUCGAAAAGCCAAUGAAAAUGGCACGGCAAGCGCAGCUGUCGGUACGGCAAGACCACGCGCUAGACGUUCGAAGAAAGAUGUCGGUAGUUUGGAACCGAAAUUGGAAAUGGUUCAGGGGAUGUACGAUAGUGGCCAAACACCGUCAGCAAUGCAAACUGUGCCAAUGAUGCACAAUCAUAACGGGAUGAUUCCAAUACACGAUGAUGGUGGACCUAUGUCGAGUCAUCAUGUUUAUACGCCACCAACUGGCUCGAUGGGCGCACCUCCACCACCUCCACCACCGCCAGAAUAUUAUCAGGCGGUACCGCCAGGUUAUCAGCCAUCACUUGGCCCGCCGCCUGGUCCGGCACCACAGGCACCACCACCAGCACCACAUCAGUUUAUUGAACCUGAACCACCGCAAAGUCCUUUUGUUGGGCAACCGUCUCAUCUACAACAGCAUAAUCAUAUGAUCAUGAGGUAUAGACAUGUCGCACCUAUGGGUAUGCCGAACCAUCAGCAAGGUCCUCCUCCCUCUCAGUUAGAAUUCAGGUUGCAUGAAAUGAAUCGGAGAUUAUUCAUCUUCAGUAACAGCGGAAUUCAGGAAAAGGACCAUGGGCAGUGGUGGGAUGCAUUUGCACACGAAUUCUUUGAUGACGAUGCCAAAAUGAGCUUUUUGUUAUUUGACGACCAAACACCUGGUCAUCAUCAUCGAUAUACCAUUGGCCGGUUGUUGAUACCGAGGUAUUUUCGAUCAAUAUUUGAAAGUGGAGUGAAAGAAAUGUUUUAUGUAAUUCGAACACCUUCUCGUGAGCAGGCAGGUGGACCGUGGACAGUUGUGCUAGACUGCGACAAUGUUCUUCUUGUGUCAAAACAUGAUAAACCUGUCCUGUCCGAAGUGCACACUGACUGUAAAUUGAUGUGCGAAUUCGCGUUUGAUGAUACAUAUGGCUACAGGAUUCGACAGUGGAACAUUGAAUUAAGGCAUUGUCAAGAAUUUGUUUUGCGUGAUGUCAACAUGCUGCAAGAUAGUGAAACACAAGAGAAAUUGAAAAUGAAUAUAACACGGACGGGCAUGACUCAAAUAACGCUAAAUUACUUGAAGUUAUGUGUCAUCCUGGAACCAAUGCAGGUGCUUAUGAGUCAAAGUAAAUCACACAACAUUCCACCGAGAGAGUCUUUGAAGCAAACCUUGUUCCAAGCUCAUGCAAAGAUGCAGCAGUAUCAACAGCAACAACAAAUGGCGAUGAAUGCAAUUGGUGGCAUGAAUCCGUCUCAUGUGUUACCACCGACACCAGUGGAGGAGCCGACUUCCAAGAAACCUCGGAAACGAACAAGGAAGACUGCAACUGGUGCGAGUACAGCAUCGAAUGCUAAAAAGAAAAAUAAUUCACCUCCAUCAACAAAUGCUGCUAAUUUUUCAAUGAAUUCGCAUUUUCCACUCCAGUAUCAGGAUGUUAUGGUAGUGGGUGAACCUUCGAUGAUGGGUGGUGAAUAUGGUGAAGAGGACGAGAGAACAAUUUCUAGAGUAGAAAAUACGCAGUUCGAUCCCAGUGCUAUGCAGAACUCAUUACCUAGUAUGAAUCAUCAGAUGUCUACCACAAUGUCGGCAAUUGGGGGGGCCCCACCUCCUCAAAACUACAUGCCAGAUUUUGAAUUAACGUCGAUAGGUGGAUGGGGUGUAAAUACAGGAAGCCAAGUUCCUUCAUCCGUUGCUCCACCAGCAGCGUGUGGUACACCUCUUGGGGUUAACACUCCAAUUACUGCUUGUGAUCCUCAACAAACAUGA